AUGGCGAUGGCUUCCGCUGCUCUACGAAACAGUCAAGUGCGCAUCUCAUCGCCAUCUGAUCAACUGUUUGAAUAUUUCGUCAACACUGCGCUGAUGCCAGAUGGAUGCAUUGCUCUGUGGUUCAUACGAGAGAGUACGGGGCGGCGUGUAGCAGCCGAGAUUGCGCAGGCGAUUUGGGACCAAUCCGUCAGCCGGAUCAAGAAGAACACCAAGCCGAUUCUACGUGUACAGGGCAGUCUGGACUACCUCGGCGGCCCUGAACGGAUACAUUUCAAGCCGACCGCCAGAGCACCGGUAGAGCUACGAAUCGAAGCACAGAGGCUAUUUCCGACGAAUGUCUACGGAAAACGCUCCGUGUUAAGGAUUCCACUAGACCUUCGACUUGUGACGCUUUGGAAUCUUGGCACAAACGCUGAGUUGGAUGAGGAGCGGAAGAGACCCGCCGGGUUGACAAGUCCUCUGAAUUGUUCUUCCGUUCCGAUCCCGGGGCAGUUGGCCUAUCUGUUGUGUGGCCGACCAGAGACGUUGACGCCGGCGCUGCUACUCCGAUUCAUCGUCUCGACGCGCGUCCAUGUCACAGAUGAGCAAACCGAGGCCCAGCUAAUCAUCGCCGCCGACACACGGGAAAAGCAUUUAUGCCAGAUUAAUAUCGUGAAAGAGGCGAGACAUGGGCUCUACACGAUCCACAUCUACUGCGAAAAGGCAGCGUUUCGACAGCGACUACUCACUGACCUACAGGCGCUGAUUCUUGUCACAGCAUUUGGUUUCACGCACGGACCUUCUGCCGCGCUGCGCGCCGCCCCAGAAGCCGACGUCUUGACCGAGCGGUUCGACUACCUCAUACAAGAAUUUUCGACC